AUGUCACAUAUUGAAGAAGAAUUUCAGAGAAUUGAACGUGAAAAUGGUUGGAAUACAUUAUUUCGUAAACUUGCAAAUGAUCAUGGUGUUCGAACAUUAGAAAAAAAAAAUGAUAUUGCAUUAUUAAGUAUGAAUCGAGGAUUGAAUCGAUUUCGUGAUGUUUUACCUUAUGAUGAUACUCGUGUACGUUUACAACGAGGUUCAAAUGAUUAUAUCAAUGCAAAUUAUGUUCAAGUACCUUGGGCAAAUCGAAAUUAUAUUCUUACACAAGGUCCACUUCCAACAACAUCUGAACAUUUUUGGCAAAUGGUUUGGGAACAAAAUAGUCGUGUCAUUGUUAUGUUAACACAUUUAGUUGAAAAAGGAUGUAAUAAAUGUUGGCUGUAUUAUCCUGAUUAUGAAAAUGAUAGUGAAUUAUGUUUUGAUGAAGUUGAUUUAAAAGUUACGUUUGUAUCUGAAAAACAAGAAGAUCAUUAUACUCAACGAAGAUUUGAACUAACAAAUCUAUUAACAGGUGAAGCUCGUCCGAUAAUUCAUUGGUCAGAUUUUGAUUGGCCUGAUCAUGGUGCACCAAGCUCACCUGAACCAUUUUUACAAUUAUUAUGUGAUGUUCGUCAUUGUGGUGCUUUUGAUUCUCGUUUUGGUGCACCAAUUCUUCAUUGUAGUGCUGGUAUUGGACGAUCAGGAACAUUUGUUCUUGUUGAUUCCAUAUUAAAGAUGCUUGCUCAUACAGAUAAUCCGAAUGAUAUAUCAUUAAUUGAAGUUCUUGCUCAUAUUCGAACACAACGUCAUGGACUUAUUCAAACAGCUGAACAAUUAAGAUUUUCUUAUAUGGCAAUUGUUGCCGGUUUAAAAGAACUUGAUGAAAUGGAACAAAGUGAAGAUUUAUUUGAUGAAAGUGAUUUUGAUGGAUCAACUGAAAGUGAAAAUGAAGACGAUACAAAAUUAAGUACAAGUCUUGAAAAUAUUAAUUAUGAAUUAAAAAAACGUGCUGAAUUACGUAAAAAUAAUUCUCAUUCAUUACAGACUACAAAUGAUGCUGAAACAUCUCUACGUCUUCGUGAUGAACGUUUAAAACGUAAUGAAGGUAUUAAGAAAAAAAUUGAUGAAAUGAAAGCAAAAUUAGAUGAAAAACCAUCUAGUUUACCAUCAUCAUUAUUUAAUAAUAAUAAUUCAUCGAUUUUAACAAUUCUUAUGACAAAAUAUCGUCGCCAUUUUUUUAUUGGUUUAAUAGCAUUAGUGACUGGAUCGGUUUUUUUGUACAAAUUUGUCAGAAUUAAUGAUCGAACCCAUUGA